GUGACUAUUCACCAGUCUACAUCAUUAGGACAUCCUGGAAGGCAGGAGGGGAACGCGCUGUUACAGGAUGAGAGGAAACCGGCCUGAGGGCGUCCACAAUAGGUGGGCGAGGUGCUGGAAGGAGACUCAGCAGCGAAUCCCGAGAACCCAAUGAAUUUGGAUAGGAAUAACCCCCUGGGCACCCCCGAGCUGCUUUCCGGGCGUCCCUGGAGCGUCCCCCGGGCUCCCGCACUACACUUCCCAGGAGGCCCUCGGCAGACGCGCCUUCGGACGCCGCAGCUCCCGCGUGGGGCCGUUGCCGUGGCGGCGACGCGCGUGACGUCAGAGCAGCGCCGGCAUUGGGCGUGGGCCUCGGCCGCGAGCGGCUAGCCCCGGCCGGCUGAUCGCGAACCGGGAUCGCUUCGCCCCCCGAACCUUCUGCAGCAACCCAAAUAGGAAGAUGGACUCUGAGCUCUGCGUUGUGACCCAGGAAAGGGUACUGUUCCCUAAAGGUCAAAGUUGAUUAUGUCACUGUGGCCAACACAGGAAGAAAGAACGCUGGAUGUCUUUAGAAAGUGCCUGCAAGGACAAGAAGACAUGGAAGCUGAAUGGCCAACUGACCGGCCCCAGAUACUGGUGACCUUCAAGGAUGUGCUUGUGCGCUUCACCAAGGAGGAGUGGAAGUUGCUGGACACUGUGCAGCAGCUCAUGUACAGGGACGUCAUGUUGGAGAACUACGAGAACCUGCUUUCCUUGGGCCUCCUGCUUCCUAAGCCAGAUGUGAUCCUAAGGCUGGAGAAGGGAGAAGAGCCGUGGCUGGUGGGCAGAGGCUUUCACGGCAGGACGUGCUCAGAUUGUGCUACUGGAGUUGAAAUUAAAUCAGUUUCCAGUAAGAGCAUUUCUAAAGAUGAACAGUCCUAUGACAUUAAAAUGAAAGAAACAGCAAGGAAUGAUCUGUGGUAUUUGUCAUUAGAAGAAGUCUGUACACCUGAAGACCAAGUGGACAGGUAUCAGCAAAAGCAAGAGAGACAUUUGAGGCAGGUGGUAUUCACCCAGAAGAAAUUACUUACUCAGGAGAGAGUCUCUGGAAGUGGUAAAUAUGGAGGAAACUGUCUCCUUCCUGCUCAGCUCGUACUGAGGGAAUAUUUCCAUAGACAUGAUUCGCAUUCUAAAAGUUUACAACAUGAUUUACUUUGUAAUGAUUAUCAGAAAAGCUGUGCAGGUAACAGUAAUAAACGUGAUCAAAACUUCAGUCAAAACUUUCACCUUAUUCAAUAUGCAAGAACUCACACAGAAGACAAAGCCUGCAAGUGUCCUGGUCAGGAUAAUUCUCUUAGUCAUGAUUCAUCUCUUGUGAUAUCAAAGGUCAUACACAGAGAAAAACCAUAUGAAUGUAACGAAUGUGGAAAGUUCUUCAGUUGGCGCUCUAAUCUGACCAGGCACCAGCUCAUUCAUACUGGACAGAAACCCUAUGAAUGUAAAGAAUGUGGGAAAUCUUUCAGCCGUAGCUCUCACCUCAUUGGACAUCAGAAGACUCAUACUGGUGAAGAACCCUAUGAAUGUAAAGAAUGCGGAAAAUCCUUUAGCUGGCUCUCUCACCUCAUUACCCACCAAAGAACUCAUACAGGAGAUAAACUGUACACAUGUAACCAGUGUGGGAAAUCUUUUGUUCAUAGCUCUCGACUUAUUAGACAUCAGAGAACUCAUACUGGAGAGAAACCCUAUGAAUGUUCUGAAUGUGGCAAAUCUUUCAGACAAAGCACACAUCUCAUUCUUCAUCAGAGAACUCAUGUGAGAGUGAGGCCCUAUGAGUGUAAUGAAUGCGGAAAAUCUUACAGCCAGAGGUCUCACCUUGUUGUGCAUUAUAGAAUUCACACUGGACUAAAACCGUUUGAGUGUAAAGACUGUGGGAAAUGUUUUAGUCGAAGCUCUCACCUUUUCUCACAUCAGAGAACCCACACUGGAGAGAAACCUUAUGAAUGUCAUGAUUGUGGGAAAGCCUUCAGCCAGAGUUCUGCCCUUAUUGUUCAUCAGAGAAUUCAUACUGGAGAAAAACCGUAUGAAUGUCAUCAGUGUGGGAAAGCCUUCAUCCGGAAGAAUGACCUCAUUAAGCAUCAGAGAAUUCAUGUUGGAGAAGAGACCUAUAAAUGUAGUCAGUGUGGCAUUAUCUUCAGCGAGAAUUCUCCAUUUAUAGUACAUGAAAUAUCUCAUACUGGAGAGCAGUUCUUAAAGUGCAAUCAGUGUGGGGCAGUGCUUGUUAACAGCGCUCACCUUACUAAACAUCAGACAAACCAUUAACGAAGACCCUAAUAUCACAAAUAAAGAAAACUCAGAGGAAUGAUGUUUUUGUGUUACAGAUAUUCUGGAGAGAAGCUGUACAAAUACGAUCUGUGUGGAAAUGCUUGUUGUUACUGUAGUGCACACUGGAGAAUUUGUCUUGGGGUGGGGAGCUGCACAAACAUUUCAGAAACACUUCAGAUUUUCUAUUUUCAUGAAUAUCUCCUAAAGUAAUUGGGGUGGGAAUGUUCUUAACUAAACUUUUAAGUGCUAAACCUGAGAAGGAAUCAUUAAGUGGAUGUUGAACAAAUGUAACCCAGCUUCAAUACAAUGAGUAAAUGUGUUACUGAAAGGAACAUGUUGCUUAGAAUUAAUAAAUUGGUGCCCAUUACUGCA